AUGAACGACCUACUACUGACACUGUUCUCCAAGUACUCGGAACUCCUGAAGCAACGAUUCAGCGAUGACUUCCUUGAGAUCGUCCAGACUGACGACUACAUGCCCAUGCCCAUCAACAGCCACGAAGAAUACGACAAGGUCGUCUCUGUGAGCUGGUACACGCCCGACAAGAGCCCCGAGGAGCUCACGUUCCCUUGCGUUCUUCCCUUUUCUCAGAUGUACCCACUCUGCUGUAUCGACAUCCGAAACUUCUUGAACCAGAUCUACCUCUUCUCUGACGACUAUUUCCAAAAGUCAACCAUUAUUGACGAGACUCUUCGCACGGCGCUCGACGACCUCCUCUGCCAGAAAGUCUGCCAAUCUCUUAUCGACCGCCUCUCCUCUCAAUACCCCGGUCAAAUCGUGCAGAUCCUCACCAACCUCGAGCACUUUGAGACCGCUUGCGUCGAGCUUCAAGACCUGCUCUUCCAGGCCCGCAGCUCGCCGUCUUCUGCCUCUCCCAUCAUCCUAUCCGCGACAGACAAGUUCUCAAAAGCGAAGCGCCAGGCUAGCGACCGCAUCUUCGAGCUCGUCAACUCCAAGAUCGACGACCUGAUCGAGACGGCCGAGUACGACUGGAUGGCCAGCAAGCCCGCCACCGAGCCAAGCGAGUACAUGCUCGAGCUGACACGCUACCUGAGCAACAUCAUGAGCUCGGUGCUGCUAGCGCUCCCCACCGACGUCAAGGAAUUCAUCUACUUCGACGCCCUAUCGCACGCCUCGACCGCCAUCCUGGCCCUCACCCUCGACGAGUCGGUCAAGCGCAUCACGCCCUCUGCCGUCGCCUCGCUCGCGACCGACACGCAGUACCUCGUCUCCUUUGUCGAGAGCCUCGGCAACCCAAUCCUGAUGGAGAACCUCGAUGAGCUGACGCAGACGGUUGCGCUCAUGGGCACGGACGAUGGCCUCGAGUUCUACGAUAUCAGUCAGAGGAAUAAAAAGUACGGCAAGGUGGAUCAGCUCAAGGGCGCGAUUCUGCUGGAGAAGUGCCAGGAGGGCGCGCAGGUUGCCGCGCAGAGUCCGACGAAGAGUGCGCCGAGUGAGCGGUUUGGGACGCUGGGGAGUCGGUUUGGGUUGGGUAGGAACUGA